AUGCUCCGUCCUUGGUCUAGAUCCAUUCAGACGCUGGAACACGAGAGUCUUUUGCACACAGAGCUGUGGGCUUCCAUUCUCGCCUGUCAAACCCGCCUCGGACACCUCCUUCCCCUGGCCUCUUAUCUGUUAAAACCGGUCCAACGCGUCCUCAAGUAUCAGCUUCUUCUUCAGGAGCUUGUCAAAGGCUGCACAUUAGCUGGGCUGGGUCAGAAUCAGAGCAUCUUCAACGGGGAUCCCAACUUCGUUGUUAAACACCUUCAAAGCGCCCUUGAACGCAUGAUUCAAGUGGCCACCCACAUAAACGAAGCAAAGCGCCGCCAUGAGCUCAUUGGUCAGUUGCGAGCCAGUGGCUUUGACGUCGAUCAAUGGGGUUGCCUCCUACUGCGUGAUGUCUUUCGAUUGCCCGCCAAAAAACACGCUUGCCGAUUGGUCCUUCUCUUCGAACGGGCCAUCCUGUUGGCCAAGAAGUUCUACGCGGGGAACAAUUCCGCACCUAAUCUCAAGGACUUACAAUCAUCUUCUGGAGAGGGGUUACAGUCCGUCCUGGAGAUCCGUGAUAUCAUCAGUUGUAACAACCUAAUGCUGAUCGAGUGCAUUGACAAGGAUCCGCUGGCCUUCCAUAUUCUUCCCUUCAACAAUCCAAACGCUCAAAAGACACUGCAAGCAGCGAGCGCGGAUGUGAAGCAUCUUUGGUGUCGGGAGAUAAAGAGGGUGAUUUUGGAGAAUUUUGAUGCUGCAAUUCCGGAGAAAGCAAAACAUCUGAUGCUCCACAUGGAGGAUAUCUGCCCUCGCCCCAAAUUAUCGGAUACCAGCAGCCAAGUGGGAUUGCACUCAAUUGACGAAUCCGAGGAGGAACAUGCUCCCCGAAGAAAAGGAUCCAGUGUCCUGACUGCUAUCUUCAAACGUCGCAGUCGUAUCGCGAGAUCCUCCUCUGCGAAGCUGCAGGUAAGUGAAAACACCCCGCCUCCCCCUUCCGCAACACUCAACGACAGCGAUGGGAGUGACAACCCCCGUGAUGGCAGUGAGGCGGACGUGGAUGAUGCAGACCACGUGGCGCUCGUGCAGGACGCGUGGAAUGCGUUGAUGGCAAAACACUCCUCCUCCACCACCGCCGCCGCCGCCGCCACCCCGACCACCACUGUCACUCCUCUCUUUUCAACCACUCCUACUGCAUUAGACAAGCAACAGGAAGUGAAUGGCGUGGAAGAGGAGGAUGAGGAGGAUUUUCGGUGCAUCGCGGUGGAGAUAAAUGAGGAACGGUUUGCGGUUGACUUGGUUCAACCUCAAAAAGUGUCCGAAUUUAAACCGAUCUCACCCCCAAAAGUUUGGCAGAACGGUUUAGCACACACCCUCACCGGCGCCUCAAUCUACAUUGAGUGUCAGGAAGCCUCACAAUACGACACUGUGACCUUCGGUCGUGCCUAUGAACAGUACAUCGCCAAGACUCGUUCCAUGGCUACCCUAUCACCAGGGGAAGUGGAUGAGAUCCUUCGACCACUGCUCACCCUCACGGAAGACCACAGUCACCACAUCGGGCCCUGUGCCAGUGGAAAAGCGAUGACUUUGAACGGGGAAGCUGAUGACAAUCGAAUGCCUACUCUGGCAAGCAGUGAAGACUGUUCAGGUGCUUCAUCCUCCACUUCUUGCGCCUCGCCAAUGUCUGUCUGCCAACUUGUCAGUCGCAUUGGGAUUGAUUCGUCCACCAACAACACUAAUAGUGGUGCUGACGGUGGUAGUGAUCGAGUAACAGCUUCGAUCCUUGGAAAGGCAUACCGACCUUCCCCAUCGCGUGUGGCGACCCAAUCCUCUGUCGCCAAGGCGACCCCUCGACCCUCGACUGCAUCCCCCAUUGCGCGGAACGACUCCGCGAAAUCACCCGCGGUGCGUAAGUACAGUGCUCCCCAAGUGUCUACGAGGAUGCAACACUCCAAGCCGCCGAGAAAUCUUGGACUGUCGAGACUGGAUACCACGCCUUCCCUGAGGUCGAACCAACUGACGAAUGGGUCUGGAGUCAAGACAGCUUCUCGAGCGAAUGGUACAACAGCGCUACCCUCGAAAUUACCUCCAAAUUCAACGGUGACAUUAGCUAACGCCCACAACGAGGAAGCCGCUUCCCUGUGCCAAGGUCGUUUUCGUGCUGCGGUGGCGAAUUUGAGACCCUUUGGAGGUCAAGGUGCCUCUAUCGCCACUAGCACAGCCUCGACUAGGCCAAGUAAACCGCCACGCAGGUCUUGGUCCUCCACAAAGACUACAAGUGAGUGCAAAGGUGGAUGUGGACGGGCGAGAACUUCAACGUCUUCAACAUCACUCGUGAUGUCGUCAGUGUCAACCAUGACCUCCACCGUGGUCGGAGGCCAAGGUCAUGUGAAGCACCUCAUUGACCGCUUCCAAAACAAUUGA